AUGAGGAAGUCAACUUUCUUAUGUUCGGGUUGGUUUCGCCACCACCCAGGGUUAAUGUAACGUCGACGUUUCCAUUUUAAUAACUGUAAUUUGCUGUCGAGAGAAACAGCUACUGUCGUUACAAAUUGUAGGAAAAGACAGCACGGAAAUGAAACAGUUUAUUACAGUUGUCUUGCAGUUUUUGUUUGUAGGACACAUCGAGAGUUGGGAUGACGGCAGUGUGCUGUUGCAAAACGUCCAGGUGUUGACACUGUACAAGGGUCGCUACACCACAGCAAGGCGCUCCAGCCCUGUCCCCCAGCUCCAGUGUGUUGGAGGCUCAGCAGGCUGCCAGACCUUUGUCCCAGAAGUGGUCCAGUGUCAGAACAAAGGCUGGGAUGGAGUGGAUGUACAGUGGGAGUGCAAGACUGAUAUGGACAACGCAUACCGAUUUGGUCGCAUUGAGGUGAGCUGUGAAGGUUACAACCACCCUGCUGAUGCCUACAUACUGAAGGGCUCCUGCGGGCUAGAGUACACUCUGGACCUGACUGACGAGGGCCUGAGGAGAACUCAAGGCAGCUGGGGUUCACACAGUGGAUUCAAGGAAUUUGGAGGUAUUGGGGGCUUUGCCUCCAGAUUCUUCAGUGGUCUCUCUGGAAACAAGCAUCAGCAUCACCAGCACAACCAGCAGAGCCACCAGAGCGCAAACCCAUUAAGCAGCAAGGACUCAGGAGACCUGCUGGUGCUCGCUGUGCUUCUGCUCUUAGCCUACGGCAUCUACAAGCUGUUCCUCAGCGGGAACACAGCACAGUGGGAGCAGAACCACGGACAGGCUGGUUACCCCAGAGAUAAUCACUAUGACUUCACCACUGGACCACCACCUCCGGGAUUCAAACCUGAUUUCACAGGCUAUCCUCGUGCCAACUCAGGCUACGGUUUUCACAGUGACUCCACUCACAGAGAGCAGUACCCAAGAGCUGCACCUGGCACGGGCGGGGGGUUCUGGACCGGCAUGGGGACAGGAGGGGUGCUGGGAUACCUUUUUGGCCGUCAGAGAACCCAGCCCUACAACUAUAAGUACUCCAGUUACACUGAUAGCCGACCUCCACCUGCUGGAGACCCUUCCUCUUCCUCUGGGACACGCACUGCUUCAGGUUUUGGAGGAACCAAGAAGAGAUAGAAGCUGUUGAGGUGGAUAGAUUCUCUACAAUGGAUGGCAGUGACAGAUGUUUAUCUGGUGGACUAAUAACUGAUGAGUUAAGUGUUUUCUGAAAGCACCAUCAGAAGACCCUCUGAUGCAGAGGUGAACUUAUCCAGCAGUAUAUCAUCAUUGCUACUAAUUUCCACGUUCCUCUGGAGAUCACUUCAGCAAUCAUGUCAGCUGAUGACAUGAAGCUUUUAUUUUUCUGUGAACAUGUGGUUUGAGCUUAAGUAUGAAGGCUUUGUGUUUGGAAGAACAUGGUAUGAUUUUUACAUGUUUUAAGAAGAUGACAACCUUGCAGUUGUUCAUUGAUUUGAUCACCUCACCUCUCUUUUCUAUGGACCUAUGGCAUCUUGUGAAUUUGUGCUGUCUCAGUCAUCAGUCCAUGAAAACUGAAGCACCUUUUUCAUUCACGUAAAACAAAUGACAGAUAUGGACAAAAUAAUAUGAACAGCUUCUUUGUCUGUCUCUGUACUGCAUCAGUUUAACUGCAGCUAAACAAAUAGCUAAAUCAGCAAAGUCUCAAUGAUUUUUAUUGUUUUACAUUACUCUGACCUUUGCUUUCCAUACUAUUGAAUAAACUCAAUUUAAUUAUGUAUAGCAUUUUGAACCUGAUGAAGUGUUGCAUGGGAUAUCUGAUUUUGAGGACGUGUUGGACUUUGAUAACUAAUAAAAGAGAAGCAAGGAA